CUGACCAGCAGUCUGAGGAGAGACGCGGCGCUGCGAGGGAACCAGCCUGCAGGCUGAUCUCCGUCAUGCAGCACUACGGGGUGAACAGUGGAUACUCUCUACACGCCAUGAACUCCCUGAGCGCCAUGUAUAACCUGCACCAUCAGAGCGCGCAGCACGCGCCCGACUACCGCCCCUCGGUGCACGCGCUCACGCUGGCCGAGAGAUUGGCAGACAUCAUCCUGGAGGCGAGGUAUGGCUCUCAGCACAGGAAGCAGCGGCGGAGUCGCACAGCCUUUACUGCUCAGCAGCUUGAGGCGCUUGAGAAAACCUUCCAGAAAACACACUACCCCGAUGUAGUGAUGAGGGAACGACUGGCGAUGUGCACCAACCUACCUGAGGCUCGGGUACAGGUUUGGUUUAAGAACAGACGAGCGAAGUUCCGUAAAAAGCAGCGCAGUCUGCAGAAAGAACAGCUUCAGAAGCAAAAGGACGCGGAGUCAGAAGGACACCAGGAAACAGAGAAAAAGGAAGAGGCAACAUCCACAAAAACUCCACCUUCACAUUCAGAAAAGAAUCAAGCCACACUUCCACCUCCAGUUGAGGUGAACGAGGAGGAAGUGAACGUUACAUCACCUGAGCAAUCAGGGGUAGAGUCUGGAACAGAGGACUUGACUGACAGAGAGGAUGAGCCGCCGUUGUUCAGAGAGGAGGAGAGAGGUGCGGGUCCAGAGUCGACAGGUGGUGCAACACCACCAUGCACAACAGGCAGUCCAAAAUCAGAUUCUCCUCUUGCCUCGCCGUCUCUCUCAUCCUCCAGCAUUCUUAGCAGCGGUUUAGUCCAGACCAACUCCUAUGCUUCGUCUCCUCUUAGCCUCUACCGUCUCCAGGAGCAGUUUCGCCAGCACAUGGCUACCACAAACAACCUAAUGCACUACACGCCUUUUGACAUGGCCACCCCUUCCUCCUCUUCCUCCUCCUCCACCUCAUCUUCUUUAGCUUACUUGGGCAUGAACAUGAAUAUGAGCAUGAACAUGAACAUGGCGUCUCCACUCGGGCCGCUGCACUGUCAGUCUUAUUACCAGUCUCUGUCUCAGCAGGUGUGGAGCAGCUUAAACAGCAAGACAAGCAGCAUAGAGAACCUGCGCUUCAGAGCCAAGCAGCACGCAGCCUCGUUAGGUCUGGACAUGUUGCCUAACUGACCUCAGAAUGGACCCUGGAACAGCUGAGACAUAUAUAGUGGGGACAUGGAUUGAACUUCAUCUCUAUGCUUAUAAAAAAUUAUGCUGUGUUUAUUUAAACAUGUGUUCAUUGGGUUGGUCUUCAGUGCAGAAAAAUGUAAAUAUUACAUGCAGAUAUGCAAUUCUGACGAUCCGGACUGAAAAGCGAGACCUCAAAAGCCAAUUCCAUGCAUCCAGUCAGCUGUGAAAAUACAACACAGUUCUCAUUAUUCCACUUAAUUCUGCUUAAGACAUAUAUAACUAGUGCAUCACUGUUUAACUAGCACUAAAGACAAAUCAAACACACAGAUCAAGAUAAAAAUGUGGCCAAAUUAAAUAAAUUAAAAAAUGCAGAUAAACAAAAUAUUUAAAAAUAUUGACAUCAACAAUGAAUAUAUUUAAGAGAAAGAGAAUGCAAAUGCCUCCUGUUGAUUUCCAUUUCGACAUCAAGUUGC